UCUGAUUUCCUGAACGCACCUCUCUCACAAACGAGCGCUCCCGCCUGCUGAACCACUUCAACAUCGCCGCUCAGACGCAGGUGGAUCCUGGAAGGAGAAACGUGGAGCUUGUGAAACUUGGAUUCAUGGCGGACGGAUGAAGACGGGGAAGAUGGAGAGACGUGUGCGAACCGGAGAGAAGAUAUCAAGUCCUCCUCCGAAGGGUUCAAAGGUUAACUCAUAGAGAACCACACAAACACCAUCAGGAGGAUGUUUGGCCUUUUCUUUGAAGCAACAUGGAGACGGCGGCUUUGUUUCCAUCAACUCAUCUUUUUUUUCCUGGCAGCAGCCGCUCCACCCACAGUGGACGGAUAUUUCCUCGGAGACAUUAAGGCAGUAUUAAAUGGCUGUGAAGACCAUUGGGCCCUUCGGGACGGGAUCUCCGUUCCACUCCUUUCCCAGAUGACUGUAUGUGUGAAUAUUCGCGUGGUUGUCCCUGGACCAUGGGUGGCCUUUUCUUACAGCUCAGUCCGGACACUAAACCCCGAUUUAGGUCUCGAAGGGGACGACAAAGCAAUUUAUGGAUGGUUACUCCAAGUCCAGCACCGGUUUCCGUUCAAGAUGUCCCCAAUGGUGUGGCACAGGGUGUGUCUAAGGAGGGACGUACGGAGAAAUAUCUUCAGCCUGGAGGUUGAUCACAUCAUGGUAGCAGAGAGGACGGUCAUUGCUCAGGCCAUCCCUCUGUCUGGUUCCCUGUGGCUGGGCUGCCAUCAGAGAAACCCAUCACCAGGAGGCGCCGUGGGAAAGGUGGAGCUGUACCUUUUCCGCAUGUGGGCAGACCUGGGUGAACACAGGUCCUGCGAGGACGGGACUGAGAUUGGCUGGGAUGCAAACUACUGGGAUGUUACCAGUCCCAACGCCAAAGAAACGGACCAUUCUCUUCCAUGUGACCACAAGAGAUUGAGACGAGAUACAAAUCCAAGCAAUGCCACAGCGAGUGGUGUGGACUCAGUCAUUACCAGUGGAGCUGGAAGCAGUCGAGUGUUUCCUGCAGAGACCAGUUACUCAGAAAUCACGUCUCCAGCAGUGGUGAGAACCACAACACCUGACAAAAGUUCAGCUAAUCAGGUCGCACUAAGCACCAGGGUUCAUCCAAUCACAGCUCUGCCUGCAGAACGAAGCACAACUGCAGUUACCUGUGACAUCAGUCAAUUAUGUUCCAACAAAAGUGCUUACUACUGGAUACCCAUGAGUGUGAAAGCUGAGCAAAGCAAUAAAACAGAACAAGACCUCCGUAAUCUGGUGUCAAAAGCAUUUGACUGUAGCAGCACCAGCAAUGAGGCAGGAUUCAGCAACUUCUGUGAAGCUAACGGGCAACUUCAGGUCGUGGAAGUGACAUGCAGAGCAAAACCUGCCGCCACUGAAAGCCAGACGGUGUGCAACGUGCUGCUGUUCCUCAGCCGUGCCAUGUCAGCAUGCGACCUGCAGCAUGCUGGGAACGCCGCACUGCAGCGCGCCGGAGGAUCGCUGCAGGCAAACAUCACAGGGAAUGUGGAGAGAGUCGGAAGAACGCUGUGUGAGGACGGGUUGCCCUCUAGUGGUGACUUUGUGCGAUGCACGUCCACGUCGUCUUUGGAUGAAAUCUGUCGGUUGAACAGGACCACUAAUGUCACAUGUUCUGUCUUAGAGACAAACUCUGUGGCGACUCCACAACAGGCGCCAAACUCCUGCAGCGGGACGACUCCUCGCUUCUGCAACUGCUCUGCUUUCUGUGAAACUGAAAGCCAGCUUUAUGCUAUAAAAAUCAAAAUCACCAGUAAUACAACAGUUAUCCACCUCAAACGCUUGUUAUUAAAAUCUAGCAUCCUCUCAGUGUGCAUCCCGAACUUACAGGGAGUCAACUGUUCAGACAUCGUAACAAAACACACGCGCACUCAUCUGGAAUGUUACGGGGAAAUGAAUCAGAGGUUCUACAGCUGCAUGGUGGUGCUGGAAAUGUCCGGACCCGUCAAUAGCUGCUCCCUCAGUAAACUUGUGCAGCUCCUCAUUAAAAAGGAAGAGUUCAUAACGACCGAUGACUCACUUUCUCGAAUGAUGGUAUGUGGUGGCCCUCCAGAUUUGUCUGGUCGCGCCCUGUUGGCGUCCAACCUGAACUGGAGUAAAGCUGACCUGCUUCCCUCGGAUGUUUGUCAGCCUGGCUCCACUCUAAUAAAAUGUGAAGCUAAUGAGACACUUGCUGUUCUCCUGGCGGACAGUUGCCCCCCAGAUCCUAAAACGAAAAGCACAACUCAGAGCAUCACUCAGUCAAACAGCCUCACUUCACCAACAUCUGUGACCCACACAAUAGCAAACGCUGAGCAAAAACAGCUGACAUGGUCUCCAAACACAAGUUUCUCUCCACCAAACAACUCAACAUUGCACAGCUUAACAUCGGCUGCCGGAUUUUCUAAGAAUACCACAGUCGACUACAAAAUAUCAACCAAUCAAACAGUGUUUACUACUGCUAGUUUUAGUGAAACAAAAAACAACAAUGUAUCUACAACUGGUCCAAUCCACAAUCAGACAACAGCAAUUACAACAAGCCUCCUUACAUCCAAUAAAACUACAACUCAACCGCUCCUUAGUUCUGUACCUUCAACUAGUGUCCUACCAUCCAAUGAAACAAAACCUUACGGUACAACUACAUCCACUAAAACUACAGCUAAACCACUUCUCAGUUCUGCACCAUCAACUAGUGUCCUACCAUCAAGUGAAACAAAAACUUAUGAUGCAACUACAUCCACUAAAACUACAACUGAUCCGCUCCUCAGUUCUGCACCUUCAACUAGUGUCCUACCAUCCAAUGAAACACAAACUCAUGGUUCAACUACAUCCACUAAAACUACAGCUAAACCACUUCUCAGUUCUCCACCUUCAACUAGUGUCCUACCAUCCAGUGAAACAAAAUCUUAUGGUACAACUACAUCCACUAAAAUUACAACUGAACUGUCCCCCAGUUAUGUACCUUCAAGCAAUGUCCUCACUGCCAAUGAAACAAAAAUUUAUGGUACACCUACAUCCACUAAAACUACAACUGAAACGCCCACCAGUUAUGUGCCUUCAACUAGUGUCCUACCAUCCAGUGAAACAAAAACUUAUGGUGCAACUACAUCAACUAAAACUACAACUGAACCGCCCACCAGUUAUGUGCCUUCAACCAGUGUCCUUAAGGCCAAUGAAACACAAACUCAUGGUCCAACUACAUCCACUAAAACUACAACUGAACCGCCCACCAGUUAUGUGCCUUCAACCAGUGUCCUUAAAGCCAAUGAAACACAAACUCAUGGUCCAACUACAUCCACUAAAACUACAACUGAACCGCUCCUCAGUUCUGCACCUUCAACUAGUGUCCUACCAUCCAGUGAAACAAAAACUUAUGCUACAACUACAUCCACUAAAACUACCACUGAACCUCCCACCAGUUAUGUGCCUUCAACCAGUGUCCUUAAGGCCAAUGAAACACAAACUCAUGGUCCAACUACAUCCACUAAAACUACAACUGAUCCGCCCCUCAGUUCUGCACCUUCAACUAGUGUCCUACCAUCCAAUGAAACAAAAACUUAUGGUGCAACUACAUCCACUAAAACUACAACUGAACCGCCCACCAGUUAUGUGCCUUCAACCAGUGCCCUUAAACCCAAUGAAACACAAACUCAUGGUUCAACUACAUCCACUAAAACUACAACGGAUGCGCCCCUCAGUUCUGCACCUUCAACUAGUGUCCUACCAUCCAAUGAAACAAAAACUUAUGGUGCAACUACAUCCACUAAAACUACAAAUGAACCGCCCACCAGUUAUGUGCCUUCAACCAGUGUCCUACCAUCCAAUGAAACACAAACUCAUGGUUCAACUACAUCCACUAAAACUACAGCUAAACCACUUCUCAGUUCUCCACCUUCAACUAGUGUCCUACCAUCCAGUGAAACAAAAUCUUAUGGUACAACUACAUCCACUAAAAUUACAACUGAACUGUCCCCCAGUUAUGUACCUUCAAGCAAUGUCCUCACUGCCAAUGAAACAAAAAUUUAUGGUACACCUACAUCCACUAAAACUACAACUGAAACGCCCACCAGUUAUGUACCUUCAACUAGUGUCCUACCAUCCAGUGAAACAAAAAUUUAUGGUCCAACUACAUCCACUAAAACUACAACUGAUCCGCUCCUUAGUUCUGCACCUUCAACUAGUGUCCUACCAUCCAAUGAAACACAAACUCAUGGUUCAACUACAUCCACUAAAACUACAACUGAUCCGCCCCUCAGUUCUGCACCUUCAACUAGUGUCCUACCAUCCAAUGAAACAAAAACUUAUGGUACAACUACAUCCACUAAAACUACAACUGAACUGUCCCCCAGUUAUGUACCUUCAAGCAAUGUCCUCACUGCCAAUGAAACAAAAACUUAUGGUGCAGCUACGUCCACUAAAACUACAACUGAACCACUCCUCAGUUCUGCACCUUCAACUAGUGUCCUACCAUCCAGUGAAACAAAAACUUAUGGUACAACUACAUCCACUAAAACUACAACUGAUCCGCCCCUCAGUUAUGCGCCUUCAACUAGUGUCCUACCAUCCAAUGAAACAAAAACUUAUGGUGCAACUACAUCCACUAAAACUACAACUGAACCGCCCACCAGUUAUGUGCCUUCAACCAGUGCCCUUAAACCCAAUGAAACACAAACUCAUGGUUCAACUACAUCCACUAAAACUACAACUGAUGCGCCCCUCAGUUCUGCACCUUCAACUAGUGUCCUACCAUCCAGUGAAACUAAAACUUAUGGUACAACUACAUCCAGUAAAACUACAACUGAACCGCUCCUCAGUACUGCACCUUCAACUAGUGUCCUACCAUCCAAUGAAACAAAAACUUAUGCAACAACUACAUCCACUAAAACUACCACUGAACCUCCCACCAGUUAUGUGCCUUCAACCAGUGCCCUUAAGGCCAAUGAAACACAAACUCAUGGUCCAACUACAUCCACUAAAACUACAACUAAACCACUUCUCAGUUCUGCACCUUCAACUAGUGUCCUACCAUCCAGUGAAACAGAAACGCAUGGUACAACUACAUCCACUAGACCUACAACUGAUCCGCUCCUCAGUUCUGCACCUUCAACUAGUGUCCUACCAUCCAAUGAAACAAAAACUUAUGGUACAACUACAUCCACUAAAACUACAACUGAACCGUCCCCCAGUUAUGUACCUUCAAGCAAUGUCCUCACUCCCAAUGAAACAAAAACUUAUGGUGCAGCUACGUCCACUAAAACUACAACUGAACCACUCCUCAGUUCUGCACCUUCAACUAGUGUCCUGCCAUCCAGUGAAACAAAAACUUAUGGUACAACUACAUCAACUAAAACUACAACUGAACCGCCCACCAGUUAUGUGCCUUCAACCAGUGCCCUUAAAGCCAAUGAAACACAAACUCAUGGUUCAACUACAUCCACUAAAACUACAACUGAUCCGCCCCUCAGUUCUGUACCUUCAACUAGUGUCCUACCAUCAAAUGAAACAAAAACGUAUGGUGCAACUACAUCCACUAAAACUACAGCUAAACCACUUCUCAGUUCUGCACCUUCAACUAGUGUCCUACCAUCCAAUGAAACAAAAACUUAUGGUACAACUACAUCCAGUAAAACUACAACUGAACCGCUCCUCAUUUCUGCACCUUCAACUAGUGUCCUGCCAUCCAAUGAAACAAAAACUUAUGGUGCAACUACAUCCACUAAUACUACAACUGAUCCGCUCCUCAGUUCUGCACCUUCAACUAGUGUCCUGCCAUCCAGUGAAACAAAAACCUAUGGUGGUACUACAUCCACUAAAACUACCACUGAACCGCUCCUCAGUUCUGCACCUUCAACUAGUUGUCCUACCAUCCAGUGA